AAAAGGGGUGUUCCCGACUGGGGUCCGGCGGGAGGGAGAAGGACAGCUGUUUCGGGUUUCGGCGCGGAGUACGGCUGUUCCUGUUCAGGAUCCGGCGGGAGGGGGCUGUUCCCAACCGAGAAUCCAGCGGGAGGGUCGGCUCUUCCGGCAAGUUGCUGCUGAACCUAUCGCAGGAACUGCGGCUUUUCUUUGUUCCCCGACGCCGAGAAUCGAGCGAAAAUGAGAGGAUUCGGUGGAGACCGUGACCGCGGUAGAGACCGAGGAAGUAAUGGCCCACGGUUUGGUGGAGGGCCUAGCCGUGGGGGCCCAUCACUUGGGAAGAAAUUUGGACAGCCUGGAGAACGCUUGAGGAAGAAGAAGUGGGACCUGGAGGAGUUGCCAAAAUUUGAGAAGAACUUCUAUGUGGAGCACCCUGAAGUGGUUCGACUAAGCCCGUACGAUGUGGAGGACUUUCGCAGAAAGAAAGAGAUUACAACAAAAGGAACAGACUGCCCAAAACCAGUGUUCCAGUUUCACCAAGCAAAUUUCCCCUCUUAUGUGAUGGACGUUCUGUGUUCACUGAAUUUUGUGGAGCCGACACCAAUCCAAUGCCAGGGUUUUCCAGUGGCACUCAGUGGGCGUGACAUGGUUGGAAUUGCACAGACUGGAUCUGGUAAAACUCUGGCUUACCUACUGCCAGCCAUUGUGCACAUCAACCACCAGCCAUUCCUGGAGCGUGGUGACGGUCCCAUUUGCUUGGUAUUGGCACCAACUCGAGAGCUAGCGCAACAGGUUCAGUUGGUUGCAGAAGACUAUGGGAAAUCUUCACGAAUAAAGAGCACUUGCAUUUAUGGAGGCGCGCCUAAAGGCCCUCAGAUCCGGGACCUAGAAAGAGGAGUAGAAGUCUGUAUUGCAACCCCAGGCCGUUUAAUUGACUUUCUGGAAGCUGGGAAGACGAAUCUGCGUCGCUGUACCUACCUGGUCCUGGAUGAAGCUGACCGAAUGUUGGAUAUGGGAUUCGAACCUCAGAUCCGGAAGAUUGUGGAGCAGAUCCGACCGGACCGACAAACACUGAUGUGGAGUGCCACUUGGCCUAAAGAGGUGCGGCAGCUAGCAGAGGACUUCCUGCGUGAUUAUAUCCAGAUCAAUGUUGGAGCCCUUGAGCUGAGUGCCAACCACAACAUUCUCCAAAUUGUUGACGUGUGUCAGGAGACUGAGAAAGACCUGAAAUUGCUACAUCUGAUGGAGGAAAUCAUGGCAGAGAAAGAAAAUAAGACCAUUAUCUUUGUAGAGACCAAACGUCGCUGUGAUGAUCUGACUCGGAGAAUGCGGAGAGACGGGUGGCCAGCAAUGUGCAUUCAUGGAGAUAAAAGUCAGCCUGAGAGAGACUGGGUCCUAAAUGAAUUCCGAUCCGGAAAGGCACCCAUCCUUAUUGCAACUGAUGUUGCAUCUCGCGGUCUAGGUACAGGCCUGCGGCAAGGCCUAGGCAUGACAAAACGAGCACCAAGAGGGAGAGGAGAUAUCCAUCUACCGCCACCUACAUAAACCAAGCUUAGCCUUACCGUGUGGGGUCUUAUCCCCUAUGCACUGGGCUGGCUGUCCCAAAUUUGGGGUCUUCGGAUAAUGUUUACCCCGACUUCUGUUAUCCAGCUCGCCCUGGCACUGUCUGGUUCUACCUCUGCAGCGGACUGGUUCGUUAAAUAAAUAGGGUCUUCAGAUAAUGUUUUUUCCAACUGACUGAAUAUCCAGCUUGUCCUGGCCUUGUGGGGUUCAUGCCCUGCUCCAAGCCAUCUUAUUGGAGAGAAUACUUAGGGGACUUCAUAGAUAUUGACUUGCCCAUCAAACCAGCAUAGCCUAGCAAUGAGGCAAUAAAGUUCUGUACUACUUGAGUUCACCUAUCAACCAGGAUACUAUACAGGUUCCAGGUAAUCUUACCCAUCUUAGUCAGAUGGUGUACAAUGGGGUCCAGCUGAAUUUAUGGCUCUGUGCCCAAUCAGGGCACAUUUAGUUGAGAUUUUUGGAUACAUGUUAAAUGUUGCCCCUUACUUGAUGAGAGAUAUUCUAAAAAUGGGAACAUGUAUUCAAGUGUACUUCUGAGAGGUCAGUAGACAUAGUACACUUAACACCAUCUAUUAAAUAGUCUUAUGGUUAAAUAUUAUUCUGUGACUCCAGAAUUCCUUUUGAAAGUGGAGCACCGAAACUUUUGGUUACUUUAUUUAUCAGUAUUCACUCUUUGAAAUCUGGACUUCAAUUAUAGAAACUACCAUAACUGCCAUAUUCUGGAUUCCACAUGCAUAACAUCAGCUGUUGCCCUCAGUUAUGCUAGAGUUGUUGAUGAGGUUUGAGCCAUUAUUCUGAUCCAAACAAACAAUUGUUUUGUGUAAUGUAUGUGAAAGAUUGCAUGGGUACCUGUUAUAAGUAUGGACCCUGCAGUUGCGUGAUCCAGAUGCAGAUGCAGGGAAGUCUUGCCUUUUGAGGUACUCUUUUUAUGGCAAUUUUAUUGUUCAGGUGUUGCUCUUAUUUUCCAGGCACAUCUAAUACUGUGUUAGAUUAAUAACAAGGGGCAAUAGAAAUUGUGCUAAUGUGCUCCCUGAUUGUGCACAUGUAGAAUACCCUUAUUGUUUUCCACAGGAGCACUUAAAGAGCCCACAUUUGAAAGAGAUUAAUAUAAACUGCUUUUGAAUGUAGCAGUGAGGUAGGCUGAACCCUUGAUUUGUGGGCAUCCUGAUGGCUAAUGGGCUUUGAAACCAGUUACAAAUAGAUUUGUUGUCCAAGGGAUACAACUUAAUCCUGUGUAUCCCCAGCUUGGUCUGAAAAAACCUGUUUAGCAAUCCAUCUCUUCAGUUUUCUAACAGCUGGAAUUCAGUAUAAUUUCAGUAUUUUACUGACAAAAAUGGCUUUAUCUGAAACCCUGUUCAUUGAAAACCAGCACAAAAGCCAGUUCCAAGAUCAGAAAAUUGAAAGCAGAACCAAAAUUCCCUGUUAAAUUCUGACAUUUCCCUUAUAUUAUCCAAAUUUGAUUUACUUAUAAUUGGUUUACUGCUGAAACUAAGGGGCGUGUGGAAUUGUCUGCUGAUUAGGGGUUUCACACCAAGCACUACAUUUACAUGGCCGGCCAGUUCUGCACUCAAACUGUUACGUGCCUCAGAGCUAGAAAAAUCUUUCUAGCCACUAAUGGGAACGCCAUACAUGCACUGACAGUUACUGGCCCACUAUUUCACACUAAGAUGGACAGACUGUUCCGAAGUAACUUCCCCUUUAACGGGCACUGGUAGUAAACUAGGAAUUAAUAGCAUAUAUGUUCUUGGUCUUUUUACUUAAAGGGUUAGAAGGUUUGUUAAGUGUGGCUGUUACAAAAUAAAGGUCCCUUAAUGGGGAAACUCCAGAUGGAACAGUUUGCUCAUUCUUAGUUCAGACUGCAAAAAGAAACUACUGAAUCCCCGCUGGUUAGCAACAAUUGCAGCCAACUGAUCCAUCUGCUGGAUUUGUGGCUCUAUUGCAAUCCCUGGGGAAUGGUUUCUAAUGAGAACUAGAGUAACGUGGUGCAAACAGUUUACUCUCAACUAUUGUGAAACCCCUACUGCCAAGCAUGCCAAGUAUCUCCCUCACCUUCACAGGACGUCAUGUCGGGGCUUGUCCGGUAACAUCUUGGGCCUGUCUGAGUUGCGCUGCCCGAAAAACGGGUUGCAAAAAAAGUUUUUAAGGUAGGAAUGAGUAGAUUGCUGCUUUCUGCAUCUUGCCUAGAUGUUGUCAGAAUUUAAUACAAAACAGAACUAUUUCAUGUAGGUUACAGUCUGUUUCUUGUUACCGACUGAUUCUACCAGGCUGGGAAAAAUUUUGUUUUGAAACAUUGGAGUAUUGUGGAGAGCCAGUAGACAAUAGUUUGUAAGGCCAGCUUUGAAUAUGUGUGUUAGGGACUUGAGCUUUUCUGGUGCGAACAAUCUUGCUCUGUAGGAAAAUGCUAGUUCCAAGAGAAUGAAAUAUGUGUGUUUUGAUCAAAUCACAGGAACUACAACAUUUCUUAAUAUUUUUCCCAGUCUGCCAUUAAUAAUGGGCUCUGAGUUUUAAAAUCUGCAUUCUGUCGUGCAAAGCAAUCAUAGCAAGGUCAUAGUAAAAAGCAAACAAAGUAGUUGUAUUGAAUUUGGAAAAUCUGAGUUUUUAUGCUCCGUGCAUAGUUCCUCUGAUCCUUAUUCCUUAACAUAGCUUUUCCUGUCCUUUGUUGUCAACUGGGAAAGAAUUGUCAUAGAUUCUCCACAGCUUCAACAUCAGAGACAUCGCUUAUGUCUGACACUUGACAACAAUUUAAAAGAUAUAGUUCACAAGCUUCUUGCUCUGCUCCACAUAAAGAUAACCUUUGUCAUGGUUUGGAUUUGUCAUUCUAUUAGCUUUUUUCCCUUCCAUGAUAAAAGGCUGCUGGAAAAUGUGCUCCCUAUGGUUUGUUGAAUAUGUAUAAGUUAUCUGAAAAAUACCGAUCAACAAGCAGAACACCAUAUAUGACACUGGAGCUGGUAGUGUGCUAGGAUGAGCUCAGAUAUGAGCCAAACUUAGAUUUUGCACCAGUAAUGCUUCUUUUCAGUAAGUUUGCAGUAUAGCUAAUGUAUUGUUGCAGGCAGCGCACUGACUGGCAUUUGGUUAUUCAGUAAACCUGUCUUGUGACUUGCUGUGAGUGUUAAGGUGCCUAUUUUUGGUGAUCCUGGUUCUCCAAGAUAUUGAAAUAAAUGUUAACAUGAAAAGUACUGUCUCGUGGUCACCUGAAGCCGGAAAGUGACACAGUUUGGCUUCCUUCAUGCAACUUUGAGAUGCAGACAUUUGCAGUUAUAAAAUAUGAAAAGGUGGCUGUAGUUGUCAGCAGCAACCAUGGAUAGUAGGACCCAGCUGAUGAUAUAAGCUUUUAGCUUCACUAUUGUGAUAAACUACUUGUCCUAUAAAAUGGAGUGUCCUUUAAACCUUGCUACUUGAGAUCCAUAUCUCUGCUGUUUGUCUGCUUCUGUCUCUAUAUGAUAUCAGUAUGUGCUAUAAUGAUUUGUUUUUCAUUUUUCAUGUACACUUUUCAUAUCUGUUUAUCUCUUUACUUCUGACUGUCUGUUGGGGUGAGUAGUUCAGUCACUGUAAUGUUCAUCUUUUUAUUUAAAAUAGGAGGAGAUAGGAUAGUGAAACUUGAGCCCAUUCUUGUAAUGAGAAACAGACUUCAAUAAUAGUUUGUCAGUAAACUUCAAAGAAAAAUAUUCUGAAAUGUUUCAAAGUAAGUCUGGGCACGAGAUGCAGCCUUGGUUGGGGUGUUGUCUUAUUUUUGGAGAGUGGGUUGGAGGACCUACUUUAAUACCAAACUACGGCCCUUUGGUGCCACCUGAAAGUCGGGCUACAGAAAGUAUUCAGCUAUCCAUCCCAGCGUGUGGGACCUCUCGCUACAAGGGAAUGCUUGAUGCAUGCUCUCCCAGCUCCACUGGUCCCGUGCCUCAGGGCGGAGGUCGAAAGGAGACCGCCAGAACCAAAGAAACGGGAUUGGCUGCGGCAAUACGAUGGAGGGAGUGUGCAUCGGACUGGUAAAUACUACUCAAUACAGAAGGCAGGAAAUCCAUAUUUUCUAGGCAUCAUCUUCUAAAUACAGAUUUUGAAGGGUUAAGUUAUGUCUUUAUAAUCUGAAAUUAUCACUAAGGUUAAAAGUUAUUCAGUUAUUGGUACAGUAGGAGCUAACAUAUGGUGUGCUGUUGACUUUAAUCAUUGGCAGCCCAUGGGUACAGUUAAAAUGCUUUUAGAAAUCAGCUGCUUACAAAAACUCAGACUAAUUCCCUGCAGAAGGUUUCCUUCACAAUUCAGAAUGCGUGAACAGAACAGUGCUUGCUGCUUCCUAAAGCUAAGCAUAAUUUCAAGAUGUAAUUAGCUACUCAGCUCUUGUGCCCAUAUUUUCAAUGGGAGAAAAAUUAAGGUGAUGGCCAGUGGAAUGGUUCUGGUUUUGGUUUAGAACACUGCCCCAUUUCUGUCAAAGUUCAUAGUAAUCAGCCGUUGCACAAAGCCAAUUUCCAAGCACAUUCUGACUCUCGGAUAAACUAGGUAUCAUUGAGACCCAAAUAUCUUCAGAUUGAGAUAGUUAAGUCUUGUCAUUUGAUGUAUUUUGAAGCAUCACAGUUCUUGAUUAUAUAAAUAUAUAUGUAUACCCAUAAAUGUUAUAAUCAAGCCAAGAGUGAUAUUUUUGAGAAUAUUGUAUGGAAGAUUUCUUAUGUAAUUACUCCAUUCAGAAUAUUGUGGUGGAAUCUGAUGCCUGAAUGUAGAUUUAAAUAUGCCAGUCAAUGGUCAGCUUGUCAUUGUUGUGCCAGCAUUCUGGAGUAGCAGAAUAGAUUCUGGUGAUUAGAAACCAGUAAUUUAAGGAUAAUUUCUAGGCCUAAGCAGCAUUGUGAACUUCUGUUCACAUUACUGCAACAUCUAGGAAACUUAUGGGAGUAUUCCUUCACAGAUCUACAUUUGAGACCCGAGUUAAAUAAUACUUGUCAUUUAAGCAAAUGAAGCUCUCCUUGGGGCUCUUAGGGAAUAUUGGUGUGUGUUCUUGUUUCACAGAAUCAAGGUAGUUAUAACUCGAGCAUCACUGAGUGGCUAUUUACUAGGUUCAAAAUAACAUCACUCAUAACUUAGCUCUUCCUGUAAACGUAUCUCUGGUAGCACCACAAACUCUUAUUUUGUUUAGUAUGGUGCCUGGGGAAGUGUUUUAAAUCUUGUGAUAUUUGGUACUGGAGAGUUAUUCUGACUUUGCCUUUUAUCGCUAAAUAAGAGGGACAUUGUUAUCAGAAGUGCUUCUUUAAUCAUUAACAGAUACCACAUCAUAAACUGUAAUCUGGUUCAAGUAGUACAUUUUAUUUAUUGGACUUUGUGUAGCAAUUUGUUUUCCCUCAAAGUAAAAGUCUGAGCAUAUUUGACCAAAUUAAGAGCGAGGAAAUCUUGUGUUGUUCAUGUAUCUUUCCCGCAAAGUGUCGUGUUAGCCACUUUUCAAAAUUAAGAUUGGUUUUUCUUGAAGGUGUUGGUGGUGAAUGGCAGGUUAGGAUUUUAGUCUGAAGUUUGUGAACUGUUAUUGAAAGUUCAAUUUCAAGGUUUUGAGAGAAUGCUAGGAUAGGCUGGAUAUUCAGGUCCAGCAAGUAAGCUCUGUGAUUUCAUUGUUUACAGGACACUUGUUCUUGUGUUGUUUCCUUCAUAGAAGAAAGUGGCAUGCAGAAUGGUACUAUUAUAACAAGCUUUACCAACAUCAGAAACAGACUUGUGGAGGGUGUGACAUGUUACAUCUACUCCUGUAGAAUUACCUCCCUCCUCUUUGUGUCUCUUGUCAAAGCUCAGCUGUUUCUUUAAUAGUUUUUGUUUGAGCUGCUAUAAGAUACAAGAAGUAAAGUUGGGUAGAGACCAGGGCUUGUAAAAGUUUAAAAUACCUAGUUUUUGAUUAUGUAAAAUGAUAUUGCAGGGCCUUUCUUGAUUGAACCAGAUUUAUCUGCAUCGCCUUUUAGAAGGUAAAGCUGGUGAAAGGAGCAGUUACAGGUGCUGAAAAUGUGUUAUAAUUGGUGAUGUACAGGGAUGUCUGGCUUUCCCAAAUGUAUAACUAGAGAGGAACAAUGCUUCCCAGACCAAAACUAACAGUCUGUGUUCUGGGGCAACAUGUUUUGAGAAUUCCAGGUGUUUUUCUAGUUGGUAGAGUGGUGGAUCUGCUGUCUUAAGAGAGCCGUGUGCAUUAAAAGUGGAUCAGAAAAGCUAUUUUACGUUUGUGCUCAGUGUUCUGCUGUUUGAUAUGUGAAAUUUCAAAGCAUGGUGUGGGCUUUUAAAAUUUUGCAUGUGAUGGGGAUCCAUUGCAGUACAGUAGCAUAAACUGUAAAGGUACUUGCACUUGAACCUUUGUUCUAAUUGAUCUCUUUCUACCUGGCUGUUGUGGUGUGCUGUUUGUGCUGCUUCAAUUUGGCACAUUCCCUAUCUCUCCACACCACACUGCAACUCUGCUUUUACAGAUGUGGAAGACAUCAAAUUUGUCAUCAAUUACGACUAUCCCAAUUCCUCAGAGGACUAUGUACAUCGGAUUGGCCGUACAGCACGCAGUACUAAUAAAGGCACAGCCUACACCU